UCUGUGGUUGCAGACCUAAGCAAAAGGGAUACCUAUUUCAUUUAGCCGUAUAACUAUUUGACAAUUGAAAUGAAACUGACGCUGUCAUCUGUCAGUGUCAGUUUAUCAUUUAUCGAUCGGUCGCUUGUGUUUGGUUGUUGUGUUUCGCGUAUUGUGUUAUUUGCAAAGUUAUUUCGACGUUUUUGCUAAGAAAUGGAAAGAAAACCAAGGCAAAUUAGAAGGAAAAAUAGGAGCGCUAACUGGAUACCCGCCGAAAAGAUUCUAUUAAGGAAACUAGUAAGGCCUCACUUAUCAAUAAUUGAAAAUAAAAGAACUGACUCUGAAACCAACCACAAGAAAAGAGAAGCUUGGAAUGCACUUUGUAAUAGCUUCAAUGAACUUAGUACAAUUGGAAUACCACGCACUGUUGUGAAUUUAAAAACUCAGUGGUGCAUAAUGAAAAUGGAGCAGAAAAGAAAAAGACUUGCCGCUACAUGGAUCAUUCAAAGGGAGAGGCCUAAUACCAGCGCUGAAACAAUCAUCAGUAUAAAACAGGAGAAACCCGACUCAAGUGAUGAAACAGUAUUAUCAGAAGAUUUAUCUAUUAGAAAAGAUGUUGAAGUGAACAGUAACAGGGGGCCGGGCCCAAGCCAAGCGGCUCUUGAUUAUCAGAUGCACAAUGAAAGCAAACGAGAAGAGUUGUUGAAUAUUCAAAUAAAGAAUGAAAAAACCAAAAUGAUGAUACUAGAGCAUCAGCUAAUAUACUGGAAAAAAAGAUCUAGUGCAUUAGAUUCGUAACGGGUUGCACAGAAAAUAAGAGUUAUUGAAAAGAAAUUAAAGGAUUCGUCAGUAACUUGUUGUGUAGCUCAUUCAAGGAGCUUGGAAUGGCAUCUUGCGUGUCCCGAGACAAUGAUGAUGACGAUGAUGAUGAUUGUAAUAAACAUUAUAUUUUGCUGA